AUGGCUACGAACAGCCCGGUAAGUUCGAUUCAGGCUGCCGCUUCGUCGGGCCAGAAGGGAAAACAAAAUGGCACGUUCACGAUUUCGUGCGACAUACUGGAUGACCUCGCGAGUCGCUUCAUCAUCAACGUGCCGGUGCAGGAGCGAGAGAAUCUGAUCCGUAUCUGCUUCCAAAUGGAGCUAGCGCAUUGGUUCUACCUGGAUUUCUAUUGUUCCGAGCACAAGCAAAAGUGCGGCAUCAAGCAAUUCGCGCAGCAGAUGUUCAAGCAUGUCCCGUUCCUACAACCGCACUGGCCACAUGUAGACAAUGUGCUGGAGAACUGGAAGCAGUAUAAGGUGACCGUACCGACGUGUGGGGCAAUUCUGCUGUCAGAGGACCUAAAGCAUGUGCUGCUGGUGCAGUCGUUCUGGGCGAAAUCGUCCUGGGGCUUCCCGAAGGGCAAAAUCAACGAAAAUGAAGAACCGAUGAAGUGCGCCAUCCGCGAGGUGUACGAGGAGACGGGCUACGACAUCGGCAAGCUUAUCGUUCCGACGGAGUACAUCGAGCUGGUCAUAAACUAUCAGUUCACGCGGCUGUACCUGGUCUCGGGUGUACCGUUGACGACGGUAUUCGAGCCGAAAACGCGUAACGAAAUCAAAUGCUGCGAGUGGUUCCCUGUUGAUUCGCUCCCGGUGUCCAAGCACGACAGUGUCGUGAAAGACAACCAAAACCUGACCGGAAAUUCGUUUUUUAUGAUACUGCCGUUCGUGAAGCGCCUGAAGAAAUGGCUCGAGACGUACCAGAAAGGAAAGCCAACCAACAAGGGCAAGGGCGCGACAAAUGUGCAAGCAAGCAAUUCUCCUGUGUUUGGCCGCGAGUCGGCUGGAAAGCAGAAGAUCUUUUUCGAAAACAAUCUCGUUGCAGCCGGAGGCAGUGGCAGCAAGAACGCCAACAAUAAUGUACAUCAACAACAGGCGCAGAAGCAAAGGCAGCGGCACAAAUCGAUGGGAGAACUCGAGCCGCAACAGCAGCAGCAGCAGCAGUCGGGAGGUACUCGUGGGAAAAACAACACCGCAACACCAAACGCUAACCAGCAGCCGGUGAUAUUGACCCAGCAGUUUUACAAAAGCAGUCCCAACUAUGCCGCGCAGCAGCUGCAGCAGCCGGCUCGGGAGGAUUCCAACCGAUCGCAGCGAGCGGCCAGCGUUACGAAUGAGAGCUACUUGGACUUUUCCCUCGGUGUCGGGGAUGGAUCGUCCGCGGUGAAGAAGAAGCCGAACAAGAGCAAACAGGACCUCCAGUGUGUGCCGGGGCUGGUGCCGUUGGCUCUAGUGACCGGGGCUAUGAUGGAGCGGCCGGGCAAGAGCCAAACGAAGAGGAAACUCUUCGAUAACUUACCAGCGAGCGAGGAGCAACCGGCGAACAUCUCUGGCAGCGAUCGUUUACCGGUGGAGGGCGAUUCGUUAGAUGACUAUAACGAGGUCCAGGCGUGGGUUGGUUUCCGAUUAGAUUAUAGUAAGUUUUUAUAG